AUGGCUUCACAACAUAACCCCACAAGCUACAUUUCUCUGCUGCGAGGUAUCAAUGUCGGAGGACAUAGAUCCAUUAAAAUGUCAGAGUUAAAGACUAUUUAUGAAAAUGUCAACUGUACCAAGGUCAAGACAUUAAAGACAAGCGGAAAUGUUGUUUUUGAAUAUUUACAUCGUGAUGACACUGUCCAAAACCUGGAAGAAGCUCUCUCGCAAGAAAUUAUGAAACGACAUUCGUAUGUUGUGCCUGUUUUGAUUCGAACUGUGCAAGAAUUAAAACAAAUCAUCAAGAACAAUCCCUAUUAUUCAAGAGAUCGGAGCUCACACAAGGAUUUAUAUGUGACUUUGUUGGCAGACACACCCAGUGAUGAAGCUAUCAAAGAGGUGUGUGACCAGAGAAAAUCAUUUGAACCUGACGAAUUUCAAAUUGAGGGACGAACCAUUUAUAUGAAAUUAGAAAGUAGCGCAGCGAAAACAAAAUUAACAAACACAUUCUUGGAGCGAAAAUUUAAAACACAAGCCACCACAAGAAAUUGGACGACCAUGCUCGAGCUGGAAACAUUGGCCUCCAACAAGAAGUAA